CUCUGGGAGAAGCUGAUUCUGAUUCUCACCAUUUCUCAGAAGCUGGAGCUGUAACACAAGUUUAAAAGUGAAACAGGGAGGAGAAUCCAGAUAAACACAGAUACAUGUGGAGCUGUAACCCUGGAUCUGACGCUUAUUCCACACUAAUGCAGAUUCAGCUCAGAUUCAUGAUUUGAUGAUGUUUAACACACCCCGCUGCUGCAUCAAGAAAUGCAACCUGAAACUCUAUUACACAAAGAUAAAGCCGUGCAUCAAUUCUGUGUAGAAAUGCUGCUGAGUUCCCUGAGUCCGAGCUCAUCUCAGAUGGACCAGAAGACUGAAAACGUGUGCUGAGGUCAGCUGAGUCCACAUUCCAGCUUGUUCUCAAUGGGAGACACCAAAAGGUCCGAUCAGACUGUUAUUGUACUGUACUGUAAGGUGCAAAACCAACAUCUAUCAUGGUAUAAAAGUGCAUCAGUGUCCAUGACAUGAGUGACUUGCAUAUGUGUGAAGCUGGUGCAGUAUGGUGAUCUGUGCACCGUGUACCUCGGAAGGAAACCCACAAUAUUUCUGAAUACUCUAGAUGUGAUGAAGGAAGCUCUGGUUCAGAAUGGAACUGCGUUCUCCGGAAGGCCGUCCAUGCCCAUAAUGGAGUGGAUCUCCGGCGGGUACGGUAUUGUGAUGGUUACAUACAAUCAUGCCUGGAAGCAGCAGCGACGUUUUGCUCUCCACACGCUGCGUAACUUUGGUCUGGGGAAGAAAUCCGUGGAGGAACGAGUGUCCGAGGAAGCACAAUGUCUCAUCAAAGAGAUGCUCAAACAAGAAGGAAAGGCCUUCAAUCCGAUCUACCUGACCAUGAACGCCGUGUCCAAUAUCAUCUGCUCCAUCGUCUUUGGAGAUCGUUUUGAGUACGACGACCGGCGCUUCGCUAAACUGCUGAAAAUCCUGAACGAACACAUGGUGCUGUUUAGCUCAUGGAUCGCACUGAUGGUUGUUUUAUGCCCAUUUACGAUCCACCUUCCUGGUCCACAUCAGAAGAUCUAUCAGAAUACCAAAGCUUUUAAAGACUUCAUCCGUGAGGCCAUGGUGGAGCACAGAAAGACACUGGAUCCUGAAAAUCUCCGCGACUUCAUCGAUGCCUACCUUGUGGAGAUAGACAAGAACAGCUCAAACGAGGACUCGACGUUUCACGAGGAGAACUUGAUCAUGUCGACCCUUGAUCUCUUCCUCGCUGGAACUGAGACCACAGCAACCACGCUCAGAUGGGGCUUCAUUUUUAUGAUGAACCAUCCAGAAGUUCAAGAGCGCUGCCAUGAGGAGAUCACUCGCGUGUUGGGUUACGAUCGAGCCCCCACCAUGGACGACCGAGCAAAACUCCCGUACACACUCGCCACCGUUCAUGAGAUCAUGCGCUUCGGGAACAUUCUCCCCUCCGGUGUGACUCACGAAACCACGCAGACAACACAGCUACGAGGAUACACCAUCCCUAAGGAAACGCUGGUCAUGACCAAUUUAGCAGCCGUAAUGAUGGAUAAAGAUCACUGGAAACAUCCGGAAACGUUCAACCCCGAGAACUUUCUGGAUGAGAACGGCCAGUUCUUCAAAGACGACUUUUUCCUGCCUUUCUCUCUGGGUCCGAGGGUUUGUCUCGGCGAGACUCUUGCCAGGACGGAGCUCUUCAUCUUCUUCACCUCUCUGCUGCAGAGGCUACAGUUCUCCUGGCCCCCCAAUACACCGCCUAUUGAUAUGAAUGGCAUUGUGGGUAUGGUGAAAGUACCCCAUCCGUUCAAAAUGAUCUGCAGGAGUAGAGAUGUCCAUCAUGUUCAGAUGUAAAGCUUGGUUCUCAGAUCAGGUCCAGCACAAUCUGGUGAAUACCUCGCUCAGUCUUCACACAGACAGCGACUAUGAACAAGGAUCAAACCCUUGGGCCAAGGAACUAUCUUGUUAUGUAGCACCCACACUACCUGCUAUACCACCACAUUACUCACUCACUCACUGUCUUAACCACUUAUCCAAUUAGGGUCGCGAGGAGAGGGGGUGUGUGCUGGAUCCCAGCUUUUCAAUGGGCGCAAGGCACACAGAAAUACGCAAUUCAGUGUCUCCAAUUAACCUGACUGCAUGUUUUUGGACUGUGGGAGGACACCAGGGCUCCCGGAGGAAACCCACGCAGACACGGGGACAACAUGCAAACUCCACACAGAAGAACCCGGACCGCCCCGUCUGGGGAUCGAACCCAGGACCUUCUUGCUGUUAGGCGACAGUGCUACCCACCGGGCCACCAUGCCGCCCCUACUACCACAUUACCACAUAAAAGUAUUUGGACACCCUCUUCAAAUGAUUGAGUUCAGGUGUUUCCGCCACAUUACUUGCUAACAGGUGUAUGAAAGCAAUUAUAUUAAAUAAAUGACAUGCUGUCAACUUUGUGGCAACAAAUGAGUUAGGAAUGAAUUGGAACUAAAUUGGCAAAAAUUCCCAAAUACACAUUUCAAAACCUUGCAGAAAGCUUUUCAUAAGAGCAUAGGCUGUUAUAGCUGCAAAGGCCGAGGAACUUUAUGUACUGUAUAUGCCCAUGUUCAGGAGCCCCAUACAAAAAUCACUGUGGUCCUCACUUCCUGUACCUAAAUAAAAGUGUUUUGUUGGAGGUGCUGCUGUAUUACAUCAAAAUAGAAUUUUCGGUUUCAUUUUAAAGCUGCCAUGAUGUUUUUUGCAUAUUUUUUCUAUAAAUAAAUUAAUCCUUUUAAUGGUU